AUGCAACGGCUAGACAGCACACAAGAGAGAGAUGGUGUGACAUUACCGCAGGUGAAAAUUCCUGUGUAUGAAGGAAGAUACGAGACGUGGAGAACUUUCCACGAUUUGUUCACUAAAGUAAUACAUGAAAACGACCAGUUAUCAAAAGAAGAAAAAAUGCAGUACCUAAAAACUCAAGUAAGAGGGGAAGCCAACAGAAUGAUACAACACUUACACAUAUCCGAGGCCAACUACGAAGUGGCCUGGAACAUGUUUAAGGAAAGGUAUGAAAACCCGAGGAUGAUAUGGUUUAAACUAAUAGACAGGAUGCUGCUAGCGCAGGAAGUAAAGGGAGCUUCUGCUAGAGCACUGAAAUCGCUACAUUAUACCUUUCAUGAGUGUCUGGAAGCCAUCGGAGGACUAGGAACAGACACGGAAGCAUGGAGCUCAUUGAUAGCCCGAAUAAGCAUAACAAAAUGGGAUAAUGAGAAAAAAAGACUAUACGAAAACCACAUCGGAGACAGUAGAGAGAUACCGACUUACAAAUCGACACAAACAUUUAUACAGCAAAGAUUCCAAACACUGGAGCUGCUGGAAUCAGAAAAGAGAGAAGAGAAGCAAGGAGGAUCGGGUAGGAAAACACGAACAAACUGCUUGGUGUGCAACGAAGAUCACGGAGUAGCACACUGCAGAUAA